AUGGACGAGAAUACAGCGGUACCUGAGCGGUCGGUAAUACCCCAAGAAACGAAUAUCCAAAAGUUGAUUGACGGCCUGAAGGCAGUGGAUGAGAAAGACUGGACUGAGUCGCCGAAGCUGUUGUCUCAGAGGAUCGGUCGUGAGAGGCUUGAAGGCAUCUCACAAAUGAAUGAGCAGGGUCGGAAUUUCUUCCGGAAUGCUUGCAUUGUGGAGGACCCAUGGAAGGCAGAGGCUAUGGACCGGAAUGUUAUGGUCUUGCCUGUCAGAAGUGAGGACAAGGGUAGUUACUUACAAGCUUGCCAUAUAAAACCGGAAAUUAUGGAUCGUCUUCGUUCCUGGUUAUUGGGCAUUAGUAACGAGCAUAUCCGUGGUGCUUUCCCGGAUAGAGCGGAGGAACUUAUCUUGAUGAAGACUACCUCGCCCAAUGACUACAUUAGGCAUGCUGUGGUCCAGUUAGCUAACGCCAACCCGCAGAUUAGGCAAUCCGUCUUCCGUUGGGGAGAUGAAAACCACCCGUUAUGGAAUGAGGAUCUUACCAUGAAAAAGGAAUUGUUACCGGAAGGCUACACAACCGUCCACUACAAGGGCAGUGGUGAAGGCCCGAUUGCCAUUGAAGACUUGCACCUGGUCAAUAAAGUCAUGGACUCUUACCGGUACAAGAAGUCCGAGCGCAUCACGCCCUUGGAUAGACGGUACCUUGCCACCGAACUUGACAUGACAGAGACCAGCAUGGGCUUCUUUAUUGAGUACACUCUCAGGGUACUCAAGGGAGUCAGACCCACUGACCUCGACAAAGACUACGCCUCACCUCUGGAGAAAGACGUGCCAUUCGCCGACUCAACCGCUUGUACACCUCCCGCCCUGAACGGCCUGCUGUGA